AUGAUUGUUCGAUAUGCCAAAGCGAUGAGCUUCCACGUUGUUGGUCUCAAUAUUAACGACACGGUGUUGUCAGAAGCCGCAGCUUCCGGUACGGACCGGACGUUCAACACCCUGAUCAAUUCUCAAUAUGUACAAGAAUUGAAGUCUCUUACAAGUCGACGGUGUCCUUACGCUGGUCGGAAUACUUCCGAGGGCGCUGGGAAUCUCGGCGAUCGACAUUUGCAAUGGAAGAUAUCGCUUCAAGGCAAGAAAGUACGAGUAUACCGAGCCGAAUGGGAGAUGGCCAUCAAUUUCAGUCUUCCUCAUAUUAUCCCGAAAGUGGAGACGUACAGUCUGGAAGACAUUAAUGUCAUGGUCCCAAAGAUGGGGUCUGGGAAGGUAUCGAAGCUGAUGGCGCAUCACCGCGAAACGCCAAAGGACGUCGAUACGACGAAGGCACACAAGAAUAAUGGUCAUGAAUUUAAUCGAUCUGGGACCCAAACGGAAAGACGCAGUCAUCCAAGACGUGGCUCGAGGAAGGAACUCCCGCUGGUUACCUCGACCGCCUCGCAAGAACCAAAUAAUGUCGUCGACUUCGACGCCGUCAGCAACUUGCCACCGCUGGCUGGCUUUGCGUUCGAGGACUUCAGCCUGACCGAUGUUAUAUCGAACUCAGUAGUCAAUGAUACUAACAAGUUCGACAUAACCUAUAACCCCACGCUCAUGGAAACAAGCUUUUCCGGACUUGAAUUUGAGGGACAGUCUGAAUGGGCGCUGGACGCGAUCGGCCCACUGCAGCAGCCAACGUUUGAUUGA